GUUUAUACAUAAAUCUGCAUCUUACUUCAAUGAUGUAGUUUCCGGUUGCCUUGGUCCGAUAGUCAAAUACGUCCGCCAGCUAACUACGGAAGAAGCGAUGAAAUGGCAACAACAUUUGAGGAAAACGGACCAUCAACUCAUGAACAGUGUGAAGUGGCCUCGUCGUCCCAGGCUAGACAGAAACUAGAAGGACUCCUGAACAAGAACAUGAGGAUCCGUAUGACCGAUGGAAGGACUUUAGUGGGUCUUUUUCUUUGCACUGACAGGGACUGCAACAUCAUCCUUGGAUCGGCUCAGGAAUUCCUCAAAUCCACAGACACUUUCUCGCAGGGUGAACCCCGAGUUCUAGGCCUGGCGAUGAUCCCGGGUCACCAUGUGGUGUCCAUCGAGGUGGAGGCUGACAUACUGGAGGACACGCAAGGAUUUGGACUGAACCAUUGAGGGAUUGAGCGCAGUAAUAACAUGGACAUUUCCCAGCUGAAGACUCAGUCGGCAGCCAAUAUUUGAUGUCAAUUAAAGUUGUGUGCCAUUAGGACAGGGGUGUCAAAGUGUGGCCUCAGGGGCCAUUUACUGCUUAUUUUUCUUGGCUUGCGGCGCAUUGUAAAAAUUAAACAGCAAAAAUGGAAAAAAAGAAAAAAAAAAUGUUGAUAUUACCAACACUAAUUAUUGUACAGUGGGACCCGUUUAACACCCCUCAGACUGACUGACAUCGACAUAAGCGGUUGUCGACUGAAAAUUAAACUAGCCAUUGCUUGCACAUUUACUUAUGACUUUGGCUAGAGAUAGAAGAAUGGGCGAUAAAAGGAUUUUUUUUUUAAACCAACAGCAGUUUGUGCAUUUUUUUAAAAAAAUUGUUCUGCUUUCAUUUGAUAUUUUAUUAAGUUAAUACACUCAAGCGGGUAAUAUCCUUUGCCACCUAUAAUUUAAAAGUGUAUUUUUUGUACUUUUCAGGAAAUUAAAUAUCAAAAUGGUGCCCGCGUGCUUUGAUUUUUCAGUAUGUGGCCCUCUGUUGAAAAAGUUUUAACAUCCUUUAGAUUUUUUUUUCAAAUCCUGCUGUGAUCGUGUGUUCUGUUUUAUGUAUCGACUAGUUUACAACCGGUCGUUUGGGCU